UUUUUCUUUUUGUCUCUUUCCCUCCUAAGCUCGAGCUAGUCUUGUACUCCUUCCAUCCAUCUCUCUGACGUGAUUCAACUCCACUCUCGAUCAAUCCAAUUCGCCAUUAAUCCAGUAAGAUAUUCCUCGGUCUUCCUUCCACCGCUCUCCCGACUUCCGGCGGCGCCUCCUGUCCUCUGCUUGCGGAACCACGGCGAGAAGCACGCACCUGAAGGCACGGACGCCAAGCAACCCCCGCCAUGAACAAGAGGAGUUUGAACCCUAACCUCAACCUCAAGCUUUCUCUUCCUCCUCCCGAUGAAGUCGCCUUCGCCAAGUUCCUAACACAAAGUGGCACAUUCAUGGACGGUGAUCUGCUCGUCAAUCGCGACGGGGUUCGAAUCGUCUCUCAAUCCGAGCCCGACGCUCCGCCGCCAAUUCAGCCCGCCGACAACCAGAUGAGCCUGGCUGAUAUAGACACCAUCAAGGUCAUCGGAAAGGGAAAUGGCGGCAUUGUUCAGCUGGUGCAGCACAAAUGGACCGGCCAGUUCUUCGCAUUAAAGGUUAUACAAAUGAAUAUCGAGGAGUCUGCACGUAAGGCAAUUGCUAAGGAACUUAAAAUUAAUCAAUCAGCACAAUGCCCCCACGUCGUUAUGUGCUAUCAAUCUUUCUAUGAUAACGGUGCUGUUUCCAUUAUCUUGGAGUACAUGGAUGGUGGUUCCCUAGCAGAUUUUCUGAGAAAAGUUAGAACAAUUCCUGAACCAUACCUUGCUGCUAUCACUAAGCAGGUACUGAAGGGUUUGUUGUAUCUUCAUCAUGAGAAACAUGUUAUCCACAGAGACAUGAAGCCUUCCAAUUUGUUAAUAAAUCAUAGAGGAGAAGUCAAGAUCACUGACUUUGGUGUGAGUGCAAUAAUGCAAAGCACAUCAGGACAGGCAAAUACUUUUGUUGGCACGUACAACUAUAUGUCUCCUGAGAGAAUUAGUGGAGGAAAAUAUGACUACAAAAGUGAUAUUUGGAGCUUGGGGUUAGUGUUGAUGGAAUGUGCAACAGGUCAAUUUCCAUAUGCACCCCCAGAGCAAGAGGAAGGCUGGGUUAAUGUAUAUGAGCUUAUGGAAGCAAUCGUUGAGCAACCACCACCUCAUCUGCCUUCUGAUCAGUUUUCUCCAGAAUUUGGCUCAUUUAUAUCUGCAUGUGUUCAAAAAGACCCAAAAUAUAGACUGUCAGCACUUGAACUUAUGUCACAUCCAUUUAUGAACUUGUACAAGGACCUUCAUAUAGAUCUCUCAUCUUACUUCAAGAAUGCUGGCUCGCCUCUUGCAACCUUUUAAGUAUCUGAUUUGCCACUUCGUACCAGAUGCGGCUCAUGGAGACUCACUCUGAAAUAACUAAAGGGAAGUGUUCUAGUUAAAAUUUUGUAAGUUCUGAGAAGUAUUCAGCUGCAAAACGCGGCAGGUAAGCAGCAAUGUGUCAAGAAGCACCAACUCGAGUAUCAAAUUGCUCAAAACAAUUCGUGUACUGUAAAACGAACUGCUUCUCUGCAGUGUAACUAGCGCGAGGUGUUGUUAUCUCUUACACUGGGAGGGGAUCCCCCUUGUAUAAUUUGAGUUGCCAGAGAAAAGAGUACCGCAACUUGCUUGUAUGACAAACAACAGUGUAUUAAAAAAACACACCACUUUGUGUGGAAGGUGUGUGGCUUUGUUUCUCUUGUUUUUAACACGUUUGUAGUGUACAUGGUGUUCUACCAACUCUGUUAGGUGUUUUCUCCACUA